AUGGCUCUUUAUUGUCAGGUUACUUCAUCGCCUUCAUUAACUUUUAAAAGAUUGCCGCCUUUAUUCUCCUUAGUUGGAUCAUCCGGCAACAUCAUUGGUCGAGCUGGUAGAUUAGUACUCAAAUGUAUAGCUGCAACCGAAACGUCCGACGAAACCAUUGUUAGACGAUCAGCCAAUUACCAACCUUCCAUUUGGCCCCAUGAUUUUGCUCAAUCACUUGCCAGUAACUAUGUGGGAGAACCGUUUGCCAAACGGGUUGAAAAGCUUAAGGAAGAAGUUAGGCUGAUGCUUAAUUUGGUGGAUCCUUUACAUCGACUAGAGCUCAUUGAUGACUUGGAAAGACUUGGAGUAUCUUAUCACUUUCAGGAGGAAAUAAAGAGAAUCCUUAAUAAGAUACACAACAACAAUUCCAGCAAUUAUAACAAAAGAAAAGAAAGUUUACAUGCAGUAGCUCUUGAAUUCAGACUUUUAAGACAACAUGGCUAUGAUGUACCUACAGAAAUUUUCGAAAAUUUCAGGGAUGAGAAAGGAAACUUCAGGCCAUGCCUCAAAGAUGAUUGCAAAGGAAUUUUAUCUAUGUAUGAAGCUGCAUUUCUUUUGAAAGAAGAAGAGAAUUCUAUCUUUGAUGAUUUUAGAAAUUUCACAACCUCCUACCUCAACGAAAAUGUGAAAGAAAACAAAGAUCAAUAUCUUUCCACUGUAGUGAGCCAUGAGUUGGAGCUUCCACGGUAUUGGAGGAUGCCAAGAUUGGAGGCAAGGUGGUUCAUAGAUGUAUAUGAGACAAGACCUGACAUGAACAGUAUCGUGCUUGAGCUUGCUAAACUCGAUUUUAACAUGGUGCAAGCAACGCACCAAGAGGAUAUGAAGUCUGCAUCAAGGAAGUGGAAGAAGAUGGGUCUUGGAGAUCAACUUAGUAGUUUUGCACGGGAUAGCUGGAUGGUGAGUUUCUUUUGGGCUACGGGGAUGACUUCCGAACCUCAGUAUGGAUAUUGUAGGAGUAUGUCUGGAGUGGUCAAUGCUUUGAUUACGACUAUGGAUGAUGUGUAUGAUGUUUAUGGCACUGUGGAUGAACUUGAACUCUUAACCGAAGCCGUUGAAAGAUGGGAUGUCAACAAAAUUGACAAAGUUCCACACUAUAUGAAGAUAUUUUUUCUUGCUUUCUACAAUUUCGUCAACGAAUUAGGUUUUGAUGUUUUCAAAGAACAUGCAGUUGACAUCAUUCCUUAUCUAAAGAAAUCGUGGACAGAUUUAUGCAAAGCCUAUUUAUUGGAGGCAAAGUGGUACAAGGAUGGUUACACCCUAACCCUCAAAGAUUACAUGGACAAUGCAUGGAUUUCUAUAGCAGCACCUGUGAUACUAAUUAAUGCAUACUUUUUAAGUACAAAUCCAUUACCAAAGGAGCCCAUGAAAUACUUUGACGAAUACAGCGAUAUAAUUCAUUGGUCAGCCAUCAUUUUACGACUUGCAGACGACAUGGGGACGUCAUUGCACGAGAUAGCAAGAGGGGAUGUUCCCAAAUCUAUCCACUGUUACAUGCAUGAAACUGGAGCGUCUGAAGAAGAGGCUCGUGAACGCAUACAGGAAAUGAUAGCUGUAGCAUGGAUGAAGAUGAACAAAGAUUGGCUUGAAAACCCUCAUUUUUCAGAAACUUUUGUUACAACUGCAAUGAACCUAGGCAUGGUGGCUCAAUGUGUGUACCAAUAUGGAGAUGGACAUGGUAUUCAAGACACGAGUAAAGAUCGCAUAAUGUCAUUAUUUGUUGAUCCCAUUCCAUUAAGUAAUGGAGAUGGUUACAAGAAAUAAUGAAAGUUAAGAUAACUUUCUUCGUCUUUAAUUUUUAACAUAAGAGAAUAAAAAUGUAUUGCUUCCCUUUUUUCA